AUGGCGACCCUGCCCACUUCCAACUCGUACGGAACGAAUGGACAGAACGCUCCGUUGCUUGGGCGGAAGCCCGAGCCCAAGUCGUGGUGGCGACGAAGGAUGGCAGUUGAUGUGCGCCGCGACUGGUCGGAUGUAGUCUUGUUGGCCUGCUACAUCAUUACUGGAAUCCUUGAUAGCGCUUCCAUCUCCACCUGGGGAGCGUUCGUGUCGAUGCAGACAGGGAACACUGUCUACCUCGGUCUUGGACCAACUGCAGGCACCAACCGUUGGAAGAAGUCGGGCAUCUCGAUUCUGGCCUUUUGUAUCGGCUCCUUCUUCUUCAGUCGCCUGCACAGGGCCUUUUCCCCGUCUCCAAAGCGGAGAUGGGUGUUGUGUCUUUCCUUUCUCAUCCAGAUGACCCUCAUCAUCGUGGCAGCGUCAAUCUUGACAUGGGGACCGAAGGGUGCUGGGCCAGACGACGUCCCAUGGUACGUCAUUGUUCCCAUUGGUCUCGUGGCGCUCCAGAGCUGCGGCCAGGCUGUUGCGAGCCGAGCGUUGAAGUAUAACGCCCUUACGAGCGUCGUCUUGACGAGCAUCUACUGUGACUUGUUUUCCGACGCCGAACUGUUCGAGAGCAUCUUCAUCAACGUGGAGAGGAACCAAAGAAUGGCAGCGCCGUCAUUGCUUCUGGUCGGUGCUCUGAUUGGUGGCGUCAUCGCAAAAAGCGCUUUGGGAGCUGCUGGAGCUUUGUGGGUGGCAGCGACAUUGAAGUUUUUCAUCGUCUUGUCCUGGGCUUUCUGGCCCGCAGAAGAAUCAUAA